UAUCCACACAAACCUCCAUUAAUCCUCCCUCACUCUUCUUCAUCGUCGUCUUCUUCUUCCUUCCAAGGCACUUUUCUCAACUCCUUUUCCUAUAUAACCCCUCCCACCCGCCAAUCUCCCCCUCAAGUUCCAGCUUGUGAAAGUCCCAGAACCAGAAAGCAGCUGUUUCCACCAUGUCCGCCCGAGAUCUCGAGCGCGGCGGUUCCUCAGGGCCGAAGCCCAGGGCACCCGGCGGGGUGGCGGGCUAUCCUUACAGCACCGGGCAGUAUUACUCGGCGGAAAGCUCCGAGAGGCAGUGGACCUCGUGGCUGGUGCCGAUGUUCGUGGUGGCCAAUGUCGCGAUGUUCGUCAUUACCAUGUUCGUCAACAACUGCCCCAAGAACAACUUCGGGUUCCAGGGAGGUUGUGUCGCCCGGUUCCUCGGCCGGCUCUCGUUCCAGCCCCUCUCUGAGAAUCCCCUGCUCGGCCCCUCUUCUCUCACAUUGCAAAAGAUGGGGGCUCUCGCAUGGUCCAAGGUGGUCCAUGAGCAUCAAGGUUGGAGACUCAUAACCUGUAUCUGGUUACAUGCUGGUGUUGUUCAUGUUUUUGCAAACAUGUUUUGCUUGGUCUUCAUUGGGAUCCGCCUCGAACAGCAAUUUGGGUUUGCUCGAGUAGGGGCAAUCUACCUUCUGUCGGGAUUUGGAGGUAGUGUUCUGUCAUCUCUCUUUAAUCAGACGAGUAUCUCAGUCGGUGCCUCCGGUGCGCUAUUCGGACUCCUUGGAGCAAUGUUAUCUGAGCUUAUUACCAACUGGACUAUCUAUACCAAUAAGGUUGCAGCUCUUGCUACGCUUUUAUUCAUCAUCGUAUUGAACUUGGCAAUUGGAAUCCUUCCUCAUGUGGACAACUUUGCACACAUUGGAGGGUUCUUGACAGGAUUUCUCAUGGGUUUUGUCCUGCUCCUCCGUCCCCAAUUUGGGUGGGUUGAGCGCCAGUACCGUCCUGCCGAUGUCCGUGUCAAAUCUAAGCACAAGCCUUACCAAUAUGCUCUCUGGCUGAUUGCACUGGUCCUACUGAUUGUUGGGUUCGUUGUGGGAUUGGUAAUGCUCUUUAGAGGAGUCAAUGGGAACGAAAAGUGCAGCUGGUGCCACUACCUGUCCUGCGUUCCCACGUCAAAAUGGAAGUGUGACCAAUGAGGAGUUUUCGAUAGAAUGCGACCGAACUACUACCAGCAUAUGUUUUUUCAUUCUUUAGUUCUUUCUUUGCCAUAUAAAUACAUCCGUACAGGUUUCCGAUUCGAUAUGCUUUUCAGUGUACAUUCUACAUUCUCAGUGCGUGUCCUAUAACUUUCAGACUCGUGUUUCCAUUGAUGCAUCAGGCAAUCCUAUGUAACUGGAAUGCCUGUCUUGUGUCCUUGAGACCAUCUGUCCCCAUUUUCAAUCAUAUACGGUAAGCCAUGUUGCCUCGG